AUUCAACAUGGCUGACUUUGACGUGAAAAAGUUGCCUAUUUUCCAAGUUGACGCUUUUACAGACGAACCGUUCGCUGGAAACCCGGCAGCGGUUUGUCUAUUAGAAGAUGUGGACUUGACCAAUGAGCAUCAACAGAAGAUCGCAGCAGAAAUGAACCUGUCUGAAACAGCGUACAUCCGAAAACUCAACUUGGAGGACGACUUUUCAUCAAGUUCCAAGUUUGGUCUUCGGUGGUUCACUCCCACCAAUGAAGUAGCCCUGUGUGGACAUGCCACUCUGGCCUCUGCAGCUACUCUGUUCUACAUGAUGAAAAACCCGAGUCCCCAGCUGACGUUCCAGACCCUGAGUGGAGACCUGUUUGCCAGGAGGGACGGAGACUUCAUCUCACUGGACCUGCCUGAAAAUAAAACUCAGCCUCAGGACAGAGAACCGUAUAGCCAGCUGCUUCAGGCUGUUGUUGACACGACCCCUAUCAGAGACCUCCGGUACUGCAGGUCUAUAGGAGGGGAUGUCCUAGUGAGGCUUACGGAUGAUACCACAAGACAAACCCUGGAAAGCCUGAGGCCUGACACGGCAGCCAUGCUAGCAGCUCACACACAGGAUAUCAUCAGGGGGGUCAUUGUGACUGUAAAAGGAAGUCCAGAGAACGGCUGUGUGGAUAACCAGGGUGUGAUGUAUGACUUCAUCUCUCGCUAUUUUGCACCUUGGAACGGCAUUCCAGAGGACCCAGUCACGGGGUCAGCUCACACAGUCCUGGCCAGCUACUGGGCAGAGGAACUGGGCAAGACUCAGUUCUAUGCUCGUCAGUGCUCUGCCAGAGGAGGGGACCUGAAAGUGAGGCUGCGGGAGGAUGGGAGAGUAGACGUGGCGGGGAAGGCGGCUGUUGUCGUACAGGGCAUGAUCAGGAUAUGAAAGCCAAAAACACACUGCCUCUCACCUGUAAUAUAUAUAAAGCCAUGAAGGCCAAGAAUACACAGCUCCCAUCAACAGAGUUAUACAGUAGCAAUUGUGCUUUAUUGGAUAUGCCUUUAGGAUGCCCGCAGAGGAGCCACUUAGGUCUCACGCCCUCUAUGUCCCAGCCCACGGCAGAAGGCGUCCCAGACGCCAGAGGACGAGCUAUCUGACUUACAGCCAGAACAUGCCGGGGGACAUGAAAGGUAACCUGAGCCCUGUCCUUGGUGCUGAACACCUUCCACACACAGA